AUGUCGACAAAUAUGAUCAGGACGAUCUUGCACAUCAUUGUUCCCCUCCUAUGGAUCACGGAAUGUACUCCCUCUUUUCAACAUCGUCGUCGUCACAACAAACUCAGUCACUCCUCCGUCCAGACAGCGCCAGUGUCAAUUAUUGUGGACGUACCAGCUCCCGAACCGCGCCUCGUACGCUACUCGAAUCCCAGCGCCCUCUUGCGUGCGUGCCUACCUUUCGAUACAUGGCAUAUGAACAUCGCCCUCGGUUUGAUGUUGCAAUAUCUUGUCUUUGUGGGCGACUCCGAGCCGGGUCCUAGAGAACCAAAGCUCUGGUUCGGAGUCUGGACUGCAGAUCAACUAGACUUGGUUUUUGUACGCGCCCACGGAAUGGGCAUCUUUUGCUCCCCGGUGCAUUCUUCGCUCUUGUUCUUCAAUUGGCUCUCAACGCGCAUGCACCUCGUCGCCUCCGCCCUGCACACGCUGAUAGUCUCGCAUACACAGACGAGCUUGUCUUCCGUCUUCGGCGCUAUAGCCCUUGUGCAGGCUUUCAUCCCCGCGUAUGCUGCGAUCUCCGGGCUCGAAGUUUGUGCGUCUGUCGUGCGAGAAACUCUUCACACGCACUGCCCAGCGUCUCGAGUGUCUCUCGACCCGCCCAACUUACCGGAAGGCCACGAGAUUCGUGUUGUCCGACUAGGGGAGAAUGAGACCAUGGAUGGCAUUGUAAAAUUCCUCCAGGAAUUUAGCGACCCUCAUCGCGGACCAGUCGCCGCGUUCACCCUGGAUAUGACGCAGAAACGCGCAAAGUUCGGGGUAUGGUUCGGAGAUAUGAUGCUCUAUGUUAUCCGCUCUGAAGAUGGGGAAGGUGAAGAGUACGCAGGGUUUGUGCGAGUUGGCAGGGUCACGGGCAGGUACGCGGCUGUGAGUAGCGUGUUCACAGCACCCAAGUGGAGGAGACGAGGUAUCGCGGAGGCGCUCACUCGGGCCGCGGUGGUAAGGCUGCUAAGCCAGCCGAACAACAUGGCAGACAUUAUCCGCCCGUUGAUGCCUCCUCCCCAGGCUGGCGACGAAGAAGCGCAGCUGAAAGUCGCCUCCGUGUGCAUCUUUGCGGAGAAGAGUAACGUCAGCGCUCAGGGCAUAUACACGCGUGUCGGGUUCGGGUUUCAAGAACGGGGCUGGGAGGAGGAGGGAGCGAAGAGCUGGGAGGAAUGUAUCGAGAUGGCGUACGCGGUGAGGCAGGGCGCGAUGUGA